CUGUGAUAACAUUUCAUCGAUAUGCCUAGCCUUCUGAGCAAAACGGAGUCCAUCCAAAGUCCAUAUCUGGUAGGCUACUAGUGUUGGCCAACACAAUUUUGUCCAUUUUUUCCUUUGAUUGACAGGUGCCAGUGACGCAAAUAAAACCUCCGUUGUUAUUUUUGGCCGUGUUGAACAUCACCUAGGUUAGUAAGUAGGCUAUUGAGGACUUGAUUGCAAUCAAACUUCCUAAGAGUGACACUUCGUGAUUGGGGAUCGUAAUGGAGCUAUGCAUUUCUCAUGACAAUCAAACCUGCUGAAAUAAAGUAUCCCACUCACAGAAAAGGCGACACGUCAGUGGUCGUGAAGAAGCUUAAUUUCGUGCCAGAGGGAGGUAAAUGCUAUGACUCACGUGUGCGUGCGUUAAAGUGGAUAAAUAGGCGAUUCGGGCGCUCAGAAAUAAUUAAAAAAUGACACAUUCUUGAGGGAAAAAAGGUCAUUCGCACGCUGCUGGAUUGAAUUUUUCGUACUCCAUUGGUAUUCUGGUGUCGUUGGCUUUGGACUGUCUUGCGUCUCAGAACGUUGGGUGGAUAGAGAACUGUAAUUCGGUUCUUUGGUGAUAGUUUCUGGACACGACAACCUGUGCACCCGCAGACGCAACCGAUUGGUUAUUUUCGUUGAUAAUCUGAUAAGAGUCCCGGAGCGCACGGGAAUAACGGAGGACUGAUGGCCACGUCUGAACCGACAGCCGCUGGCGGGGACCAGGACCCCAACUCCGCCAAUUUACGACCUUCAUCCACAAACUAUGACGCGUGGAUGCAAGGAUGCACGCGGAAACUGGGGAUGAAGAUCUGUGGGUUCCUGCAGAAGAAUAACAGUCUAGGGGAGGAAGGCCGGCUCGCAGGCUCGCUCUCAGAACGCCAGAAGAACCUGUUCUCCUGUGUCAACAGCGACCGGGAUGCGCGCUUCUGCCGCACUGAGACCGAUUUCUCCAACAUGUUUGCGAGAGAUUUACUUCCCGCCAAAAAUGGAGAAGAGGCCACUAUGCAGUUCUUAUUGGAACUUGUGGACAUCCUCACCAACUACGUCAGGAAGUCGUUUGACCGUUCCACCAAGGUUCUGGACUUCCACCAUCCGCAUCAGCUGCUUGAGGGCAUGGAGGGCUUCAACCUCGAGCUCUCUGACCAGCCAGAGUCCCUUGAGCAGAUCCUUGUGGACUGCAGGGACACGCUCAAGUACGGCGUGCGAACAGGUCAUCCGCGGUUCUUCAACCAACUCUCUACUGGGCUGGACAUCAUUGGGCUGGCUGGGGAGUGGCUCACCUCUACAGCCAACACAAACAUGUUCACCUAUGAGAUCGCUCCAGUGUUUGUCCUGAUGGAGCAGCUGACGCUGAAGAAGAUGAGAGAGAUUAUUGGCUGGCCCCCAGGAGAGGGGGACGGAAUAUUCUCACCAGGGGGUGCCAUCUCUAACAUGUACAGUGUGAUGAUCGCUCGCUACAAGUACUUCCCUGAGGUCAAGACCAAGGGCAUGUCUGCCGCUCCCCGUCUGGUGCUUUUCACAUCAGAACAUAGCCACUACUCUAUCAAGAAGGCAGGGGCAGCUCUGGGCUUUGGCUCAGAGAACGUGGUCCUGCUGAGCACAGAUGAGAGGGGGAGAGUUAUUCCUGCUGAUCUAGAAGCUAAGAUCCUCGAUGUCAAGCAGAAGGGUUAUCAUCCACUGUUUGUGAAUGCUACAGCUGGUUCCACUGUUUACGGAGCAUUUGACCCCAUCAAUGAGAUCGCUGACAUCUGCGAGAAAUACAACAUGUGGUUGCACGUAGACGGUGCAUGGGGAGGUGGUCUCCUGAUGUCCAGGAAGCAUCGCCAUAAGUUCAGUGGUGUUGAGAGGGCUAACUCUGUCACGUGGAAUCCUCACAAGAUGAUGGGAGUGCCUCUACAGUGCUCCGCCAUCCUGGUCAGAGAGAAGGGUAUUCUGGCGGGCUGUAACUCGAUGUGUGCAGGGUACCUGUUCCAGCCUGAUAAACAGUAUGAUGUCAGCUAUGACACGGGUGACAAAGCCAUCCAGUGUGGGCGCCACGUUGACAUCUUUAAGUUCUGGCUCAUGUGGAAGGCCAAGGGCACCAUAGGAUUUGAGCAGCACAUUGACAAGUGUCUGGACCUGUCUCAGUACCUCUACGACAAGAUCAGGAACAGAGAGGGAUACGAGAUGGUGUUCGAUGGAGUGCCCCAGCACACCAAUGUAUGUUUCUGGUACAUUCCACCCAGCCUGAGAGGCAUGGAACACAACAGCAAAGAGUAUCGAGAGAAACUUCACAAGGUGGCGCCCAAUAUCAAAGCAAUGAUGAUGGAGUCUGGUACGACCAUGGUGGGCUACCAGCCUCAGGGCCAGAAGGUCAACUUCUUCCGCAUGGUCAUCUCCAACCCUGCAGCCCUCCAGUCAGACAUCGACUUCCUUAUUGACGAGAUCGAGAGGCUGGGGCGUGACCUGUAGAUAGCACCAACACAGUAGCCUGAGGCCGGAACUGCAGUUUUCAAUGUUUUACCUGUAACCACACUAAUCGGGCUCUGAGAGAAUUUUGGAGCUGUUCUUGAUUUGUCCUAAACAAUUCUCUCUGAAGGUAGGAUGUGUAAACCACAGCUUUUAUGGCAUGAUGGGUACACACUCCAAUACUAAAGUUUGACUAAUGUUUGUAUGUGUGUGUUUGUAGUAGAGUACUGUGUUGUGUGUGUGUUCAAGUCCGUAAAGCAAUUAUUUGUCUGUGUUGCACAGUAGAUUAGGUAGAUUAAAUGAUGUAAGGUAAGGUAACACAGGGAAACCCUCUACAUCGGUGUGUGUGUGUAUGCGUGUGUGUGUGAAAACAAAGAAAUGCCUGAGAGCACAUAUAGUAUACAAUAUACUAUGAUAUAUGAAUAUUAUGAUAUACACGAUGCAUCACUUGCACUCAGCAUAUAUAUAAAUCUAGAGACAGAUGCACCAACCCUUUCUCCUAGCGUUAAACCUUGACCUCCAGUGUGUGUUUCGUGGAGAAGGUGUGUGUGUGUAACAGUGUAUGUACCCCAUGCUGUAACCUAAUGCUGUAUUGACCUUUGAACUAGGACCUUAGUGUUGACUAUUGGCUGAAAAUGCCCCUAGUUACUGAUCAAGUGUCAGUAUUAUGUUUUUCUCCCUAAUGGUUAAUAUUAUUAAUUAUAGGUAUUGGGGAGGGUAAGCUGAUCCUGGAUCUGUGUCUAAAGGCAAAUUCUACUUGCAGAGUGUAAAACACUGGUACCUGGCCUGUGUGGAACAAGCAAACAGUAUGUCGUUUUUGAAGAUGUUUAAAUACUAAUAUGAUAACUAUAAAUAUAUAUAAAGUUAAAAUAUGAAUUAUUUAUGACAUUACCAGUGUUUCAAAAGUCAAGUAUUUUCCUCCAUUUGUAAAUGUAUAUUUGAUGUAUAUUCUAUAGCCUCUAUGUAAUCUGUAUGUUUUGAUUAAUAAUGCUAUUAGUCAAUGAUAUAUUCAUAUAUUAUAGUGAAUAUGUGAGCCAAAGAAAGUGAAUCGGGAACAUACAGCAAUCCACAGCCCUUUAGAUAGCAGAAAUACACUAAAUCACAUGUAAGAUAUCCUAAAUAUGUUACUUAAUUGCCCUGAUCCCCAGUGCAAUCGGUAUAUUGUGUAUCUGUGAUUGUGUCGCUCUGACUGAAUGUUGUGCAGUGAUCCGAUUGACUGUAUGAUACUUAAUUAUUAUAAGAUUAUAAGGAGAUUAUACAUCUAUUCAUUUGCCAAGAGCAUAUAUAUAUAUAUAUAUAUAUAUAUAUAUAUGGUACCGAUGGUGUCAUUUGAGAAGCAGCCUUACCGGCUUUUUGGUGUCAACUCUGGUGUUAACUUGUCAGUCCUUCAUCUAGCAAGAAGCACAAGGCUAUCGAGAGGGGAAUGUACUCUUCAAAGACGGAGAGAAAGAGGAUUGUUCCUGUCUGACAGAAAUAUAAUUAGAAAAAUGUAAUAUACUUGCUUAUGUAUGUAUUAUGUUCCAUAUUUCCUGUACCCUCAGUGUUUUGGGAACUCAUUGGAAAAUCUAAGAGUUUCAGUUAGUGUCUUUGCACAGUAAAAUCUUUCUUUAUUUCUUCCAUUUUAAAUGGAUGUGUAUUGCAGUAUUUUAAGAAUGAUGUGAUUAUAGAAAUAUAAUUAAUUUCUUGAUGGUAUGUAGGGACCAGCUAAGUAAACUGCACAGUGACCUAAACCAUGUGACCAAUCUUAAUGUGUAUGAAGCCGUAGUGGGAGAAUUGUCUUUAGGAAGGUACCGUAGGCACUUUAACUCGCAAUCAUGCAAUGUGCAGCUACAAUAAAGUCUAUUAAGAAACUGA